CAAAAUGUGUUUUUUUUAAGCAUGGUCCUAUAGGCAAGAACCAUACUGAAGCACUCAAAACUGCAGGAUUAUGGUAUACUAACUGCAGUGCCGAGGGUGAGCGAAAGAAUGGCUAUGGAGAGCGUUGUGCCAUUUAUGGGAAUGGUGAUAUUGCAGGUAGCGCAGAUAGGAGAAAUGGUGACAGGGAAAGAGGCCAUGCUCGAUGGAAUGACAAACUUCACCUUUGUUUUCUACUUCAACGCUCUUUCCUUCCUCAUCCUUAUAACAUCUUUGUUUUUCUUUCGAAAAUGGACUCAUCUUCCUGCCCUCACUUUUGCACUAGUCUGGAGAUGUGUCGUUUUUGGAUUACUCGGGUUUGCGAUACAGAUAACUGGGUACAAAGGAAUUCAGUAUGCCUCUCCUACGCUUGCCUCUUCCAUGCUUAAUCUCAUCCCUGGUUUUACCUUCAUCCUCACCAUCAUUUUCAGGCUAGAGAAAGCAGAGAUAAGGAGCUCAAGUGCACGGGCUAAAAUUAUUGGUACUCUAGUUUCGGUUCUUGGAGCUUUCAUUGUAACUUUGUACAAUGGACCCCGAAUCCUAAAAAGCACCUCAUCACUAAACGCCACUCAAAAGUUGACUCAAUCGCAGGAUUGGGUCAUAGGAGGGUUGCUCCUGGCAAUGACCUCUGUAUUUGCUUCUUUAUUCGUCAUCGCACAGGCACUGAUCCUUAAGAAACAUACAUCAAAGCUGGUUGUGUCACUAUUCUACAGCUCGACUAUCGCCAUUCUAUCUGCCAUACUAUCCUUGAUAAUAGACAAGGACCUAAGUGCUUGGAGCUUACAAUCAAACGUAAGGAUCAUGGCUGUUGUUUACACGGGACUUUUUGGUGCUACAUUCCAAGUAACCAUUAGUUCAUGGUGCAUGCAAAGGACAGGACCUCUAUUCGUCGUAAUGUUCCAACCCCUGGGGAUUGUUAUCUCAUCUAUCGUCGGUGUCAUGUUCUUGGGUGAUGCUUUCUAUCUCGGAAGUUUGGUAGGAUCAGUUGUUAUCAUUGUUGGGGUCUAUACAGUUAUAUGGGGAAUUUCGGAGGAAAGAAAGAUUUCCGAAGCCAAAAGCAUCAGUUCGCCUCUUUUGCAAGAUAAUAGCAAAUUUGAGGACACAACACUACUAGGCCCUUGAACAAUGCAAAGCAGCAGCCUGCUCAUUGAAAGAUUAAGAAGUAACUUUGAGAUAAAUAUGUAUAAACCUGUAGUUACUGGAGGAAUCAAUGAAAGGACAUCAAUUCA